AUGAACGACCCAAUCUCCGCCGCAGCCAUCGCGCGAGUCGAAAACGCCCGCAAAGGCAAAUGGCAACGCCUCCUGCACAACCCCAAACUCCUCUUCAUCGCCUUCUUCGCCUCGUUUGGUGGAUUUGAAUAUGGCUACCAGCAAGGCGUGCUGGGACAAUCCUUCGUCAUGACGAGAUUCAUCGACAACUUCCCCAGCAUCGCGGAAUCGUCGAGCGCCCAGGGAUGGCUGACGUCCGUCUUGCAACUUGGAGGUAUCACGGGCUCUCUUACGGCGGGAAUCUUGGGUGAGGUGUUUUCGAGGAAAUAUACAAUGUUCUCGGCUUGCUGCUGGGUCAUCUUGGGAAGCUACUUGUAUUGCGGCGCAUCUUACCAGAACGCAUCCUUGUUGUAUGCGGGAAGAUUCUUCACGGGUUUAGGAGCUGGAACUUUCAGCGGCGUUGGUCCUCUCUACAACGCAGAGCUGUCGUCUCCCGAACUUCGAGGACUGCUAGUCUCGUUCUACCAGUUUGCAACAAUCCUUGGCAUCAUGCUGUCCUUCUGGAUAGGAUACGGAUCAAACUACAUCGGCGGCACUGGCGACGGGCAGUCCAACUUAGCCUGGCGUCUUCCGUCGAUCAUCCAAGGCAUCUCAGCAGUCAUUCUGGCCCUCGGUAUCUGGUUUAUGCCGUUCUCACCCAGAUGGCUCGUCAAACAAGACCGUGAUGAUGAAGCAAUCAAGACUCUUGCGUGGCUGAAGAAGCUUCCCAAGGACGAUCCUCUGAUUCGGGUGGAGUACCUCGAAAUCAAAGCAGAGUGCAUGUUUGAGAGGCGAGCGUUCGAACAGUCGUUUCCAAACUUGAGUGAAAAGCAGAAGAACAGUGUCUGGACGAGUGAGGUCGCCCAAUACGUCAACGUCUUCAGAUCCCGUGACAACUUCAAACGAGUGUCGACUGCUUGGCUGGUGAUGUUCUUUCAGCAAUGGUCCGGCAUCGAUGCCAUCAUCUACUACGCUUCCAACGUCUUCCAAAGCUUCGGACUGACAGGCGGCACACAAGCGCUUUUAGCGACUGGUGUCACUGGCGUGGUAUUCUUCGUUUCCACCCUUCCUGCCAUGGCUGUCAUCGAUAAGGUGGGCCGCAAACCAAUGCUGCUCGUCGGCUCGGUGGUCAUGUUCGUUUCAAUGGUGCUCACCGGCAUCAUCGUCGCCAAGUGCCGUCACAACUGGCCUGACCACAGAGCAGCUGGAUGGACUGCAGUCUCAUUCAUCUGGGUAUACAUUGGCGCAUUUGGAGCGACCUGGGGUCCUGCCAGUUGGACUCUCGUAGCUGAGAUCUUCCCACUUUCCAUUCGAGCAAAGGGGGCCUCCAUCGGCGCCUCUUCAAACUGGGUCAACAACUUCGCCAUUGCGUUUUUCGUCCCACCGAUGUUCGAGGCUUGGGCGUGGGAACGAGGGAUUGUGUGGGUUUGGUUCUGCCUGCCGGAGACGAAGAACGCAACCCUUGAAGAUAUGGACCGGGUGUUCAAGAGCAGGACUGGAGAGGCGGAUAGAAGGUUGUUGGCAGAGUGUAGGAGAGAGCUUGGUCUGGAGGAGUCGUUGGAGUUUGCCGCCCUUGAAGAAGUGAGACGCAUGUCUGUUGGUGGCGAGAAAGCUCCAGAUGCGAGGGUAGAAGUCGCGUAG